GAGAGGAGAGGAAUGGGGGCGCCGCGGGCCCGCAUCGAGAACAUGAGCCCGGAGGUGACGGACUCCAACCCCUACAGUCGACUGAUGGCGUUAAAAAGAAUGGGAAUAGUCAAAGACUAUGAGAAAAUCCGUUCCUUUACAGUUGCAGUAGUAGGAGUAGGUGGAGUUGGCAGCGUGACUGCUGAAAUGUUGACAAGAUGUGGCAUUGGUAAGCUGCUUCUGUUUGACUAUGACAAAGUGGAAUUGGCAAACAUGAACAGACUCUUCUUCCAACCUCAUCAAGCUGGAUUAAGUAAAGUUCAAGCAGCAGAACAUACUUUGAGGAAUAUUAAUCCUGAUGUUCAAUUUGAAGUACAUAACUACAACAUCACAACACUGGACAACUUUGAACACUUCAUGGAUAGAAUAAGUAACGGUGCGCUAGAGGAAGGGAAGCCUGUUGAUCUUGUUCUGAGCUGCGUGGAUAACUUUGAAGCUCGCAUGGCAAUUAACACGGCUUGCAAUGAACUUGGACAAAUCUGGAUGGAAUCUGGAGUGAGUGAAAAUGCAGUAUCAGGACACAUACAGCUGAUCAUACCUGGUGAAUCUGCUUGUUUCGCGUGUGCUCCUCCACUUGUAGUUGCUGCAAAUAUUGAUGAGAAAACAUUAAAACGAGAAGGAGUUUGUGCGGCUAGUCUUCCUACAACUAUGGGUGUUGUGGCAGGAAUUCUCGUACAAAAUGUUCUGAAAUACCUGUUAAAUUUUGGUACUGUGAGUUAUUACCUUGGUUACAAUGCGAUGCAGGAUUUCUUUCCAACUAUGUCUAUGAAGCCAAACCCACAAUGUAGUGACCAAAAUUGCAGAAAACAGCAAGAAAAUUAUAAGAAAAAAGAAGCUGCACGACCAAAACAAGAAGUAAUUGAACAGGAAGAAGAAAUAGUACACGAAGACAACGACUGGGGCAUCGAAUUAGUAUCAGAAAUGUCGGAAGAUGAGCUGAAGGCUGCUUCUGGCCCAGUACCUGAGCUUCCCGAGGGAAUUACUGUAGCAUAUACUAUCCCAAACAAGGAAGAGAAUCUGAUAACUGAGGAAACAGUGGCUGAGUCUGAAGAAAGCCUAGAAGAACUCAUGGCCAAAAUGAGAAACAUGUAGCAAAACAAAUAUUAAGU